GAGCUGAAGAAGACCCGCCCCAUUUUAGCAAGUUCAGUUGGAUUUUCACUGCUGCUACCGUUCUUUGCCUUUCGGACCAAUCUCUCCAAGCGAUUCACUUUGUGGGACAAAAUUGGACCUCAGUAGCCUUAACGUUACUGUGGGGAAGAAAAUCGCCGACCCAUUUCAUACUCAUCCUUCACCUCUACAGUCCUUGACGACCACAUUACCCCGGAUUUCUGAUUUAUCGGUCCCUGAAUUAUAAAAACUAUGGAUAGAAGUGAUUAUAUCCAGCAGGCCAAGUUGGCGGAACAGGCUGAACGCUACGACGACAUGGCAGAUUUCAUGAAGAAGGUAACAGAGUUAGGAGGCGACCUGUCAAACGAGGAGAGGAACUUACUGUCCGUCGCCUACAAAAACGUGGUUGGGGCAAGGAGGUCGUCCUGGAGGGUGAUUUCCGCCCUCCACACGAAGGUAGAUGGGACGGAUAAGAAGCAGCAGAUGAUCAAGGAGUAUCGGGAGACGGUGGAGAAGGAACUGGAAGACAUCUGCCAUGACGUUUUGCGCCUGCUGGAUGAACAUUUAAUUAGUACGGCCUCUCCUGCUGAGAGCCAGGUCUUCUAUCUAAAGAUGAAGGGGGAUUACUACAGAUACCUUGCUGAAGUUGCUAGUGGUGAAGGGAAGGAGAAGGCCACUGACAAUGCUCAGAAAUCAUACACUGCAGCGUAUGAAGUCAGUCAGAAAGACAUGGAGCCUACACAUCCCAUCCGCUUGGGCUUGGCGCUUAACUUCUCUGUCUUCUACUAUGAAAUCCUCAACUCCCCAGAACGAGCCUGCAACUUGGCUAAAACGGCCUUUGAUGAAGCCAUUGCAGAGCUCGACAAACUAGGAGAGGAUUCCUACAAAGACAGUACUCUCAUCAUGCAGCUCCUCAGAGAUAACCUGACAUUAUGGACAUCAGACAAUGCUGCUGAAGAGGGCGAUGGAGGAGAAGCGGGAGAAGGCGGCGAGAACUAAAAUCUACAAACUUAAAUGGGUCAUCUCCAAGAAAAAAGGAAAAAAAAAAAAAAAAACUUUUUACACAUCUUUCAUUCCUUAAUGCUCCACUCAAACAUUCUCCCAAUGAACCCUAUUGCUGAAAAGCAUUAUGUAAUGAAAAAUUUAAAUAAAAAUGAUUUGUUUCGCAAAGUAGAUUUGGACAAAAAAGAAAAAAAACCCUCCAUUCCUUUGGUUUGUGUUUGUCCUGGCCUUUCCAUUCGUGCAGUUGCAGCUGUAGAAAAUUGAUAGCUUGACAUAGUGUCAAACUCCUGGUUCAGUUGAUGUCUCAACUGGAAACCUAAAUUCCACCAUUUGAGGAGUUUUGGACUUUCCCAAUUACCAAAUGUUAGAUUAAAACAAAUCCCUAAUACCUUUUUAGUGUGUCUUUCUCUACACAGUUGCGUGGUACGGUUAUACAGGAUGAGAUUGUCACAUAGAAGUUUCAUACUGCAGGGAAAGCCAAUCUGGCAACAUACAAUAAUAACCAAGUAGUGCCCAUUGUUGAGUUAAACCCUCAUUUUCUGCCCUGGUUUAUGAAGCCACUCUUUCAUUGAAGCAUGUCUUUUUGAAGGGGAAAUGGUGAGGGUUGUCUGACCAAAUGCAGGGAUCUUUUCAUGGGAAGACUAUUCUUUCAUGCAUGUCUCUUGAGAUAUUACACUGGAACGGGAACAAAUGCUGUAACACACGUCCAGUUGAGUCUUUUUUUUUUUUUUUUUUUUUUUUUUUUUUCAAUGCAGGUUUGUACACAUCCUAAAAGGGUGUUUUGUUUGUCUGUCAAUAGAGAUUUGGACCACUAUUGUUUGCUACUCAAUUGUAGUCCCCAAAACCCUUGUGGAACUGUUUGAAUCCCUAUGUAUCGGCUAUGUAUCAUGAAUAAAACAUUUUAUAAACGAA